UCCCCCACAAAUCUUCCUUCCCAGCGCAUCCUCGCAUUCCAACAAAGCAAACCCUCGUUUCCCAGCACCGAGAGAAUCCGAGCAGAAUCGAUGGCGCCCAAGGCGGAGAAGAAGCCGGCGGCCAAGAAGCCCGCUGAGGAGGAGCCCGCGGAGAAGGCUGCGCCAGCGGAGAAGGCCCCCGCGGGCAAGAAGCCCAAGGCGGAGAAGCGGCUUCCGGCGGGCAAGUCCGCCGGCAAGGAGGGCGGCGACAAGAAGGGCAAGAAGAAGGCCAAGAAGAGCGUGGAGACCUACAAGAUCUACAUCUUCAAGGUCCUCAAGCAGGUGCACCCCGACAUCGGCAUCUCCUCCAAGGCCAUGUCCAUCAUGAACUCCUUCAUCAACGACAUCUUCGAGAAGCUCGCCGCGGAGGCCGCCAAGCUCGCCCGCUACAACAAGAAGCCCACCAUCACCUCCCGCGAGAUCCAGACCUCGGUGCGCCUCGUCCUCCCCGGGGAGCUCGCCAAGCACGCCGUCUCGGAGGGCACCAAGGCCGUGACCAAGUUCACCUCGUCUUAGGUUAUAUGAUGAUAGGCUCGUUUGAGGAUAGCUGUGAUGUGCUUCGUCUCCUGCUAGUAGUUGUAGUUCAGAGACUUGGCUGGUGUGGUGUAGUGAACUGUUGCGGUGGCUUUUGAAUUGUAUGAAUUGUCAUGGUGGAAAUGGAAGGCUAUUGUUAUCUGAAUCAUAAUCAUAUUAUGCUUGUUUUGUGAUU